AUGGUGUUUCAUAUCGCGCGCUCGACUCGUCUAAGUGUUGUCAUUGGGAUUUCGACUUGCUUCUUUCUGGCUGAGAUCUCCUUGGGAUUUUAUACCCACUCUAUUGCUCUUAUUGCCGAUGCCUUUCACUAUCUGAACGACUUGGUUGGUUUCAUUAUUGCACUUGUUGCUUUGAAGAAAUCCGAGCAGGCCGACUCACCCAAAGAACUUUCGUUUGGUUGGCAGCGGGCCCAACUGCUAGGUGCCUUUUUCAAUGGUGUUCUUUUGCUUGGUUUGGGUAUCAGUAUUUUUUUACAGUCUAUUGAGCGAUUCAUCGCCCUACAACAUGUCAAUAAUCCCAAGAUGAUGUUUAUUAUUGGCUGCAUUGGACUAGGCCUAAAUAUUAUUAGCGUUAUCUUCCUCCAUGAACACGGCCAUGGCCAUGGUCAUGGCCCAUCUACAGUUGAAGUCCCGGAUCUUCAAGUUGUAGAGCAAUACCAAGACUCGCACGCCGUGCAUCAUGAUCACAAACAUUUGCACCUCGACACACCUCAUUGCGCGGACUCUGGUGGUCUUAGUCACAGUCACGGCCACGGUGGACAUGAUCACGGCGACCUUGGAAUGACGGGAGUCAUGAUCCACGUCAUUGGCGAUGCGAUUAACAACCUGGGCGUUAUGGCUGCCGGUCUAAUUAUCUGGCUUGCAGCACCUCAUCCCGCUCGCUACUAUGCCGACCCUGGCGUGAGCAUGUUUAUUGCUAUACUCAUCAUCCUGUCUUCUCUUCCACUAAUGCGCAAUGCCGGAUUGAUUUUGCUGGAAAGUGCACCCACUGGUGUGAGCAUGUGUGAUGUGAAACACGACCUGGAGAAGAUCAAAGGCGUUAUAUCAAUCCAUGAACUCCACAUCUGGCGCCUCAACCAAGAAAAGACCCUCGCAUCCGUGCACGUCGUUGUAUCCGAGGAUUCUGUCGAAGACUUUAUCAAGAUUGCCAAGGUGAUCAAUGGAUGUUUCCACGCUUAUGGAAUCCACUCAGUGACACUGCAACCCGAACUCUCCGAUGAUGGUGCCGAGGCCGAUGUUACUCAGGACAGCGACAAAUCAUCCCGUUGCCAGGUUAUCUGUGGGACCCUUUGCGAACAGCUUACUUGCUGUGGCUAG